CGAUUUCAUCAUUGUUGCAACUUGUAGGGAAGAGAGGGGGAGAUAGGGAAGAGAAAGGGGGAAACCCUAGAUUCCAUUUGCUCCAUCUCUCGAAUCGAAGGCGAUGGUGUUCUACUUCAAGGCCCGACCAGAUGCUGGAGACUACACCAUCUUCAUGGGGCUUGAUAAGUUUGAGAACGAGGAGCUCAUCAAGUACGGCUUCCCCGAAGACGUCUGGUUUCACGUUGAUAAAAUGUCGUCAGCUCAUGUGUACUUAAGGCUUCAUAAAGGCCAGGGUUUUGAUGACAUUAAUGAAGGUGUGCUGGAGGACUGUGCUCAGCUUGUGAAAGCUAAUUCCAUUCAAGGCAACAAGGUGAACAACGUUGAUGUUGUGUACACUCCGUGGUCCAACUUGAAGAAAACCGCCUCCAUGGAUGUUGGUCAAGUUGGUUUCCACAAUUCCAAGAUGGUCCGGACUAUCAGAGUGGAGAAACGCGUCAAUGAUAUAGUUAACAGGUUGAACAAAACAAAAGUUGAGAGAACCCCUGAUCUGAAAGCCGAGAGAGAAGCCGUGAAUGCUGCAGAAAGAGCAGAGAGGAAGCAACAUCUCAGGGAGAAGAAGAAACGUGAAGAGAUAGAGAGGCUGGAGAAGGAGAGGCAAGCAGAGAUGAGGAGCUACAAGGGAUUAAUGGUGACUGAUAAAAUGACAUCCAACAAAGACAUUGCUUCAAGCAACAAAUCGCUUCAAGAACUCGAAGACGAUUUCAUGUAAAAGCCCAUCAAGUAAUGAGGAAAAAGCAAAGAAACCUCUGGUGCUGUGUACCCUUCAAAGAAGGCUUAUGAUGUUUCUAUUAGCCUUAUGAUUAUAAUGAUGAUGGGUUUCAUCUUUUGUUUCAAAAAGUCUUUGAAGACCUAAAACUCUGAUUUGGUUCUUAUACUCUUUCGUCCAUUGAAAUGUUUCAUAGGAUUGAGCCCGAGUCGUGAGAAAAACAGUGAGCAUUAACACAGCCACACAAGUGAGCCAGUGAUCUGGUGCGAUCAUGGUUUGUUUACUCUGCCUUGCUGUGUGUUGGUUGAAAAUCAUUUUACUACCCUUAUACUUUUACUUUUUUUUACAAUUGAUCCCGA